CCGGUGGUUUUAGGGCCGGUGGUUUUUGGGGCCGUGCGAAGCAGGACUUUGGUGGUUUGAUGUGCUGGAGGUCGAUGGCUUUAAGAGAGAAGCGUUGGACGCCGUGAUUGAGUUAAAAAAGGGGAAAUUUUUUGGGGAGGAACAACCGGCUGCGCCCGGCUCCAGGCAGCGCUUUUGGGAGCAGCGCUGGAUUUCCAUCCUCAUCCUGAGCCCACAUUGAGUUAAAAAAGGAAUUUUUGGGAGGAAUAGCCAGAUCCAGGUCUGCCCCCAGCUCUGGGCAGGGUUUUUAGGAACAACGCUGGAUUCCAUCCUCAUUCUGAGCCCACAUUGAGUUAAAAAGGGAAUUUUUUGGAGGAAGAGCCAGCGCCAGGUCUGCCCCCAGCCCCGGGCAGGGUUUUUAGGAACAACGCUGGAUUUCCAUCCUCAUCCCGACCCCACGGACCGCGCUGGAGCCGCAGCGGGCGCUCCGGAGCUGCGGGAGAGCCGGCGGAGCCCUGAAAGGGUUAAGGGGUGCCGGAGCCGCAGGGAUCCCACCCAGAGCCGGGAUCCCGCGGCGCUGAUUGAGCUCCGAGCCCAUCAAAGGCUCCGCUCGCGGCCGCAGCCCCCGGCGCCGCUCUUUGUGAGCACAGCAGCGAUGUGGAUGUGGCUCCUCCGCGGCCUCGCCUGGGCUCUGCUCAGCCCCGCGCUGGCCCCGGAGCCGGGCCCGCAGGAAAAUUCCCUGCUCAGAUCGCUGGGGCUGAGCGCCAAGCCCAGCCCCAAGAGCCCCGCGCCCGUGCCGCCCGUGCUCUGGAGGAUCUUCCACAAGAGGAGGACGCUGCCCCGGCCGGAGGCAGAGCUGGAGCCCUGUAGGGUGGAGGAGCUCAACGUCCCCGGCAGCAUCGUCCGAGUCUUCGCCGACCAAGGCCGCUUCCUGCCCGCGGGGCCGCCCCAGGGCCGGCUGUGCCUGCGGAAGCUCCUGCUCUUCAACCUCUCCGCGCUCGAGGAGGGCGAGCGCCCGACCAUGGCCCAGCUGGAGCUGCGCUUCCAGCACAACUCCUACCACGGCCCGAGCCCGGGGCAGGUUCUGGAGCUGCGGCUGCACCGCGCAUCCCGCCGGGGUUCGCCGCAGCCCGGCCGGGCCCCGCUGCUGGAGCGCUCGCUGGUCCAGCUGCGCAAAUCGCUCCUGUUCGACCUGAGCGCGGCGCUGAGGGCCGGGGCGGUGCCGGGCAGGGAUUAUUUGGCUUUGGUGCUGGAGAUGUCGGUGAGCGGCGGCCCCGGGAGCCCGCGGAGCCCCUGCGGCGGCUCCGACGCCUUCGCGGCCGCCUCGCUGCUGCUGGUGACGCUGGGCCGGCAGUGCCGGGCCGGCCGCGGCAGGAGGAGCGCGCCGAGCCCCGCGGCGAGCGCCAGCCCGCUGUGCAAGCCCCGCCGGCUGUACAUCAGCUUCAGCGACGUGGGCUGGGAGAACUGGAUCAUCGCCCCCCAGGGCUACCUGGCCAACUACUGCGGCGGGGAGUGCCCGUUCCCGCUGGCGGCCGAGCUGAACAGCACCAACCACGCGGUGCUGCAGACCAUGGUGCACUCGCUGGACCCGCAGGGCACCCCGCAGCCCUGCUGCGUGCCCGUGCGCCUCUCGCCCAUCUCCAUCCUCUACUACGACAACAGCGACAACGUGGUGCUGCGGCACUACGAGGACAUGGUGGUGGACGAGUGCGGCUGCAGGUAGCGGGGUGUGCGAGGGAACGAUGGACAAACGAGGGGGGGGGAAAUUCCUUUUUAUUCCCGCUGGGAAAUCCCCGCUGUGCCCGGGGGCUGUGCUGGGGUCAGGCUGCGCUGAGGGCGGUGCUGGUUUAGGAUUAGUUGGGAUGGGGGGGUGGGAUUAUGACCAAGGCUGGUGCUGGGUCCCUUCUCCUCAGGGGAUGCUGGCACCGGGCUGUGAAUCCCAAAUUUCCCCCCUUGUUCGUGCCAGGCACCCCCAGGGCUGCAGGUUUCGGGGUUUUUGGCUGAACUCUGCAGAUUUCUCAGGGCAUAAAUGAUUUUUCUGGGUGAAAAGGGGCUGGGGGUUCCCUGGGCUGUGGGAACCCAGGGACAGGGAUGAUGCGGUGACCAAAUCCCUUCCCAGGGGAGGCAGAGCCAGGCAGCAGCUUCCUCUGUGCUGUGGUUGGUGAUGGGGUGGUUCGGGGACAGGGCUCGUCUUGGGUGGCCAAAUGCAGUGGAGGUUUUGCCUAAAAAAAUGAAUGUUUUCCCCAAAAAAAAAAAAAAAAAAAAAAAAGAUUUUACCUAAAAAUUUGAGAUUUCGCUUAAAAAAAGUGACAUUUUGCCUAAAAAAAAGGGAGCUUUUAUCUAAAAAGAGGAGAUUUUACCUAAGAAGCGGUGCGAGGGGCAGGAUCCUGCAGGAACGCGGCUGAGGAAUGCAGGGGCUGUGCUGGGCUCUGCGGCUCUCUCCCCUCCCAGCCCGUGGGUCAGGAUUCAUUUACCUCAUUUGUAAACCCACGAGCCCAGGCUGUCCCCUGAGUGUCCCCGGGCGGCAGCCGAGCCUCAGGCAAGGGCAGGGCUCAGAGCUCUGCACAUUUUGGCUUUCCCGGGUUGUUUUUGGUGCAGCUGUCGGGUUUUGUGCCGCCCGGCAGCCCCAGCCCCUCUGUGGUGUCACCGAGGGGCAGCAGGGACCCCAGCUUGGGCCAUUUCCCAUCCCUGAGCUGAGCUUUGGAGCCCUGGGUGUGAAACCACCAGAGCCAGGAUUUUGGGGCAAAUCCCAGUUAGACUUGAAUUUUUUCUCUUUAUUUUGAACUGUGAAGCCGUAGUGCAGCUUUUGGGUUUUUUUUUUUUUUUUUUUGCUGUUUUCUCCUUGAGCUCUGAUGGUUUUCCCACCUCCUCCCUCCCCAGGGGAAGCACUGAGGGUUUAACCACUGGGGGGGGGGGGCUUGGGUUGGGUUUUUUUUGUUUUUUGGGUUUUUUUGUUGUUUUCACACCCAAAACUGGAGCUGAAGACCCAGCCUGGAGCAGCUUGAGCUGAAUUCCCAUUCCCAAAUCCUGGUGUUCCCCACCCAGCCCCGCUCUGCUCCAUUUCAGUGUUUAAAGGGCUUAGCUCCAGCCAGCAGGAGCCAUUUAAUUCUGAUUUGAGACGGGCAGAGGAAGAAAACCUUGAAGUGUUCCUGGGUUUGUGCCACCCUGGGGCUCCCCCAGGCCUGAGUCUGUGCCCGGGGUGGUGCCAAGGCCAGGCCUGACCCCCCCAGACCCAGCCUGGCAGGGCAAAGCCAUUUCUGUGUUUCCUGCAGGGCAGGGGGAGCUUCCCCCAAAUCCUGGGGCUGGAGGAGAGCGGGGGCCCUUCCCAGUAUUCCCAGUUCCCCCAGUUGAGCCGCUCACCCCCUCUGCUAUGCACACCCCCACUUUUGUACUAGUCUUGUGUUUAAAAAAAGUAAUAAACUUGAAGUUUAUACAAUCAGACUAAAGCUUUAAUGAACUUUGCAUGGUUUCCUCAUUGAAACUUAGGGGGCCACCUUGAAU